UCUGCCGGAAACUCGCACGAAGAAGUAAACGGAAGUGAACAGUUAUUACAAGUUAAUUUUCACGUUAUCGUUUUUAUUUAGACGUGUAUUGACACACUGGAACUCAAAAUAUGACUCCUUUAACUGUAUAGCAUCAAACCCCAUGUCGUGUUUAAUUCACGUUGGAGACGGGACUUGGUUGAUAGCUGUUAUCUAGGAAACGCUAGCUAGCUAGCUGCUAACGUUAGCAAAAAUGGCUAACUGUAUGGUUUUUCACACUCAAAUAGCCUCCAUCAUGGAGGUGCUUGCGAAUGCAGCCGUGGCAGAGAUCUGUAAACUGGUAGACGACGACUAUGCAGUGUUUCGUUUGGAAAUAAAUCAAAGCCAGAAAGAAAACAGGGCAUUGCGGAGGAAACUACUAGAACUGAAGGUUGCACGGGAGCGCGCAGAGAGAACAAUGCGAGAGCGCGUCCUCGCCAGUCGCCCAAGUAGUGUCAAGAUCCUUGACCGAUACAGAGGAAUGACAAGAGGUGAAGGACAUCUCACUGGAGGCCACAGAAGCUUUGUGAAGCCAGCAGAACACAAUACAUGGAGAGAUGACCAAACAAUCACUGUUGAUGAGGGGAGUGGAACCUCAACCCAGCACAUUAUCAUGAUAGAGUCUACAGAUCCAGAGGCUGCAGGUCCUGGGGUCAAACUGGAGAGGUCUGAAGGAGAGGAGGACCCACGGAACAUCAGAGACAUUCAGUCUGGAGCGCCCUCUGUAGCUACGGAGGACCCCAACACCCCAGCACAGCCCAGGACCCGACGCAGCAUCACGGAGGAGGAGGAGGGUCCAGAGGUGCUGCUGGUGAAGGAGGAGGGGUGUGAGGAGGGUCUGGGGAACCCGGAGGGUCCCAUGGUCAUGGAGGACAACCAGACUACACCUCCUCCUGAAUCCACAGAGGAACCAGCUGAGCAGCACAGGACCAAACACAGUCUCACUGAGUCAGUAGACAUGGAGGAUGGGAAUCUUGAUCUGUUGCUAGUCAAAGAGGAGACGAUAGAAGAUGGACCAGAGAGCAUUGACCUUUUGAGUGGACUAAAGAUGGGGGAGCAAGGUGGUUGGCUGGAGGCUAACAGGGGAGACUGGGUGGCCAUCUUGGAUUCCCAGAACCAGACGGGUGCAACCAAGGGCCCAGGGGACAUCACUGAGAAGGCCAGGACCAGAGGCGACAUAGUGGAGUCUGCAGUCCAUGAAGAGCUGCAGAUAUCAGGUGUUGCUGGCGGGAGAGACUGGACCUCUGAGGCGGCUGGACACAAACCCUGGCCUCAGAUCAGGACAGUGGAUCAGGAGCUGUCAUGCUUCCUUCCCAAGUCAGAACCAGCACCCAACCGUGAGGGACAGAGACUCCACCACCACACAGAGCACAACCAGUGGACAGGGGGACUGAACAAUCUCAGUCCUGGUGGUCAUCAGAGAGGCCGAGGCUCCAGUCAGGGAUCCAGUCUGCAGCCCAGACCCUUCUCUUCACAGUCUCAGUGCAGGGAAGGAGCAGGACCUGGGGAUGAUAGAGACAGACCCUCCUGUUCCUAUGAUACAAACACCAAUGCAGGUCACCCUGGGUCUAGCCUUCCUCAGUUACCUCAUGGUUACCCCACCAAUACAGACAGGGUAAGGAUGGGCGUUCACCACAAGAUUUACCUUGCUUAUAACACAGCACACAAUCCAAACAACACCCAAACAAUGACAAGAGGUCAAGGAGGGAGCUCAAAGACUAACCACCUGAGGGCGGUGGCUCCUGCUUCUACCUCCUCUGGUGUCAUUGGGUCACAACGUGGGAGGCUGAGCAUUAGGACAGACGCAGACAAGCCGUAUGCCUGCCCCACGUGUGGGAAGCGCUUUACUGAGGCGACCUAUGUGAAGAAGCACCAGACCGUUCACACCAAGGAGAGGCCCUUCAAGUGCAAACUAUGUCACAAGAGCUUCUCCUUCCUGACUAACCUUACCAGACAUAGGAGUGUCCACAAAGGAGAGAAAUUGUAGCAGUGUGGCUUGAGUUUUACACAGGGGAUAUCUGGGAACCAUUCUUUAGCUUACAUGACCAAAAGUAUGUGGACACCUGCUCGUCGAACAUCUCAUUCCAAAAUCAUGGGCGUUAAUAUUGGUAUCCCCUUUGCUGCUAUAACAGCCUCCACUCUUCUGGGAAGGCUUUCCACUACAUGUUGGAACAUUGCUCCUGGGACUUCCUUCCAUUCAACCACAAAAUAAUUAGUGAGAUCGGGCAAUGAUGUUGGGCAAUUAGGCCUGGCUCGCAAUCGGCAUUCCAAUUAAUCCCAAAGGUGUAAGAUGGAGUUGAGGUCAGGGCUCUGUACAGGCCAGUCAAGUUCUUCCACACCGAUCUCAACAAACCAUUUGUGUAUGGACCUCACUUUGUGCACAGGGGCGUUGUCAUGCUGAAACAGGAAAGGGCCUUCCCCAAACUGUUGUCACAAACUUGAAUGCACAGAAUCGUCUAGAAUAUCAUUGCAUGCUGUAGCGUUAAGACUGCCAGAUUGUGACGCGUGAUUCAUCACACCAGAGAAUGCGUUUCCUCUGCUCCAGAGUCCAAUGGCGGGCAGCUUUACACCAUUCCAGCCAACCUUUGGCAUUGCACAUGGUGCUCUUAGGCUUGUGUGCGGCUGCUUGGCCAUAGAAACCCAUUUCAUGAAGCUCCCGAUGAACAGUUCUUGUGCUGAUGUUGCUUCCAGAGGCAGCUUGGAACUGGGUAGUGAGUGUUGCUACCAACGAUUUGUACACGCUACGCGCUUCAGCAGUCCAGUUCUGUGAUCUUGUGCAGCCUACCACUUUGCGGCUGAGGCAUUGUUCCUACUAGACGUUUCCACUUCAAAAUAACAGCAUUUACAGUUGACCGGGGCAGCUAUAGCAGGGCAGAAAUUUGACAAACUGACUUGUUGGAAAGGUGGCGUCCUGUGACUGUGCCACAUUGAAAGUCACUGAGCUCUUCAGUAAGGUCAUUCCAGCAGAAAAUGUAAUACUAGUUAGUUUGUAUAUGAAUAUGUAGUACCAGUUAGUUUGUAGUUAAUUCUGUUGGUUUUGGAUGUAGUAGUGAACUGGAUGAAGUGAACCGAGGAAAUAAUGAGUAUGAUGAGGCAGGGUAGAUGAUAUGGUGAUGGUUUGUGUGAAGGUGUCUGUAAAAACUCUUCACUGGUAUAAAGUGUUGAAAAUAUGUGAAAGGUAAUGUUGAACCUUUUCCAAAGUUGUUUCAAAUGAAUUGUAUCAAAGCGAGGGUACUAGAUUCACAGAAAAGUGUACCACAGUGAGACAAGUUAUUCUACUUGUCACGUAUCAUUUUGUGCAAUAAUAGUACUGUACUUCAUGUUAUGUGAGUGUAUGACCAUUUUGUUGAAAUUAAAUUCAAUAUUGACUCUG